AUGACACAAGAAAUUGAUGAUGUAGAAAUCUGUUACGUGAGUACAUCAACGAGUGAACAUGCAACUGAUGCCAUAAUGGAAAUAAAUGAUUCCUCUGAUGGUGUCACUGCUACUGAGAAUGGAUGUGGUAAGGCUGUGUUGCGUAAACCCAAAUCAGGUCGGUGGUGGAAAUCAAUUCGGAAAGAAAGAUCCUCCGCCGUUAUAAAAGUGAAGCCGCUGAAAUCUUCAUGGGAACGUAAGAUGCGUGCAAAAGCAGAACUGGAAAAUGUUAAAAAAAUACAGCAAGAAGUACGUAAUAAGCUAGCUGCCAAAAAAGCGGCUAAAAUAGAAGCUCGGAAGGAACAUGAAAGGAGACGAAAGGAAAAUGAGAGAAAGGCAGAAAUUGUCCAGGCCAGUACGUGGAAAUCACAUGGCCGAGGUCGUGGUCGUAACAAGCGAAGUCAUGAUAAUAGUACCGGCGAUGACGAGUUUGCUAGCUCAUCAAGAUAUCAACGAUCUAUUACUGAAGAAGAAAAAAAGGAUUUCAUCAGUUAUCAAAAAGAAAUGGAUGAAAGACGUGAUCGGUAUGAGAGGAUCGUGAAACUGUCGCGUGAUGUAAUUAUUGAAUGUAAACGAAUCAUUUUCCAGUUACAUCGUAUAGUCGUUGUUGAUACAUCGGAGAAAAGAGAAGAAAUACUGAAGGAGGCAAAUAAGCGGUUGAAUGAAGUGCGUAACAAAAUGCUUCAACAAAUGGCGAAAGAACUUUGUAAUCUAGAUCAGUAUUACUACAUAAAGUCUUAUGACUGGGCUCUUGAAGAAUAUAUUGAAGCUUUAGCAUUCCACAAGUUUCUAACAUCUGGUAAAGUGCUUUUAUGCAGUGAGGUAAUCGACAUAUUGCAAUUUGUUGAUGCAGAAUCUGAAGGAAACACAAAGCUUUAUGUAGAACUACCUGAGGUAACAUAUUUAAUGGGACUUUUCGAUGUGGGUGGCGAACUGAUGAGACUUGCCAUUAGUGAGAUUUCAUCUGGCAAUUCUAAUACAGCUGUAAGUAUUGUUAAUUACAUGCGGUCAUUGCAUGGGUGCUACGAAUUUCUUGGCAAUAUAAUGCACAGUGCAGACUGGACAAAGAAAUCCCAAGUUUUCCGGGAAUGUUUGAUGAAGGUUGAGAGCGCUCUGUAUAAAUGGAAAAUCCGUGAAAAUGAAAUGCCUACCAAAGCAGGAAAUAGUAUUGUGAAUAUAUUAACAUGA